GCAAAAACAGGUAAGAGAUCCCAUCUCCACAUUCUGAAUCUUCUAGUUUGAUUCCGCUUCUUAUUUCACUGUCUCGCGCCGUCGCGUCAAUCCUCUUUUCUCGAUUCUGUAGAUCGAUUGCGAAAUGAUGGAUUUACGGAUGUUAUUGUGGCUGUCUUAAUUUGAAGUGUCUCUUCUAGAAAGUAGAAACAACACCUCAACUGAGGAUGUGGAACUUUGCAUCUAACUGUAUAGCUGGUAGUGCGAGGCUGAAGAAGGACCUUCGGAAGCCUACUCAGGAUGCAGAUUGCUCAGAUGAUGAGGCUUCUUCCAUAACAAGUAGAGAGGAGGGACUGGAGUGCCCAAUAUGCUGGGAAUCCUUCAACAUCGUGGAAAACGUACCCUAUGUUUUAUGGUGUGGCCAUACGCUUUGUAAAAAUUGCAUUUUGGGAUUACAAUGGGCCAUUGUGAAGUGUCCUACUUUACCAAUCCAGCUUCCUCUCUUCAUAGCAUGUCCCUGGUGCAAUUUAUUAUCCUUGCGUCUGGUUUAUAGGGGAAACUUAAAGUUUCCUAGAAAGAACUUCUUUCUUCUAUGGAUGCUUGAGAGCAUGAAUGGUGAUAGGAGAGUGUCCCAGUCUCCCUCUUGUGCUGAUCAUCAAUCAUCCUGGCCGCCCUGUAGAACAUUAGCAGGAAAUUCUGCUACUGAGCCUAGUUUCCGGAGGGGCCCAUAUGCUCGCCACUCAGAGUCAUUAGGAUCACACCAUGAUCAUACUCAUCUCAAUGGUUUCCUUGCUUUUGAGAGACUACAUUCUUCACUUAGAAAGUCACUUGUUUUCUUCAUUCAUCUGACAUCCAAGUUCCCCCUGGUGGUUAUAUUCCUUCUGAUCCUCUUAUAUGCUAUACCCGCCAGUGCAGCAAUAUUGGCCUUGUACAUGCUUAUCACCAUUGUGUUUGCUCUUCCAUCACUUCUCAUUCUCUACUUUGCAUAUCCAAGUUUGGAUUGGCUAGUCAGAGAAAUCAUUACCUGAGAUGAUGGUGGAUUUCAGGUUCUCACAAAGCAGCAUUUCAGUUAUAAUCUGAUUUACUUGCUGCUAUUUAUCUCCCGAGAAACACCUUCUUGGCCAUGAAAGCCAUAUACUUUUUAAAUGUGUUCAUGCCACAGAACGACAGAACUUUUACGUUAUGGGUUUAUUGUGAUGCUUGUGAGAGUGUGAUACUACACUUCUAUGCCAUUUUUGCCGGUUAUUGAAGCUGAUGCUCCUGGCUUUUGCUUGUAAUUUUGUCUGGAAAUGGCAAUUGAUGUUCAUUUAAUGCUCAUUAACUGUAAUAACACUUAUAUAUGCAGAAUUGUCGGUUUCGAGUGAGGGUUGGUCAUUAUAUUCAGUGUUUCUUAGCUUUGGUCUGUCAAGACAGUUCAAAACUGUUGAUCAUUUCUAAUUUGAAUUUGAGAUGUAAAUAUCAUUACUACUGCUACACCUCCAUGAUUAGAACUUUCUUCUAUAUUGAAUAGCAUUCUUUUUUA